UUAGCUUGGCAUUUACCAUGUAGCAUCUUUAAUCUUGUAAUAGCCUCCUUCAUAGGUGGUGAGUGCUACCCAACAAAUGCUCCUCAGAAAGGAUGAACGUGUUUUCCCAUUUAUUUUUUUUUGGUAGCAGUCCCACACUUGCUCCAGUCAAACAAACUUGUUUUUUGCUGUUUACUGUAACAGUGAAGAAAUUGUGGAUUUAGGCAUAAGAAAGGUGUUGCUGCCAGUUGGCUACUCCAUUACUGGCACAGGAUUAGCCAAGUGAUAUAUGAAUCAGCUUGCUCUAGGCUUUCCUAAUUGGCAGAGGGUUCCUAAAUCCUCUGCUUGGUUCACAGCAGUGGUUUGUUCAGAUGUGGGAAAUUAUGGAGAUCAUUUAAAGCAACAGCAAAGCCAUACUCCUUUCUGAAAUAAUCCUUCAUGUUUAAUGCUUCUCUGGUGCAUCAGGUGAUUGAAUACUGCUCCCAGUUUUAUGGAAGGACCAAAGACCUGCAAUAGCUGCAAGAUACAAAACCUCAAAGAAAAAAAUAAACCUGUGUGAGCAAACCCACACUUUUCUCUGGGGGGAAAUAAAUGAACAGGAUCCAAAUAUUGCCUGGGUCACACAUCUCCUUUCACUGCAGGCUUAUAGAUUGAAAUGAAAGUCUCAAUGCUCCAAAGGAGUUGUGGAAAUGAAGGCCUUGGGGGGGGGAUGCUCUCCAGAGUUAUUUCCAUAGACACCAUCUGUGGUUUAGGAAGUCUUGGAGCCCAGACCAGUGAAGGCUGGGAGCAUUAUCAGUCACUGUUCCAUGUUUCUUCUGUUCUUGUGCUCCCAUGUCAUGGGUUGAUGUUUGCUGACUGCAGAGCAGGAAGAAAGGGCUAAUAAGAGGUUUUCUUCUCCCUUUCUAACAAUAUUCUGCCCACCAGAAUGCAAAGUAAUGCCAACCCUCCUGAAAGCUGUUAUUUAGGAUUUGAAAUUGUUGAGAGCUGCUGAGGGGUGACUUUCAUCCUGAUUCCUUAGUCAUGGAAUUAAAAAAAAAAUUAAAAAUCACAUAGGUUAAAGUAAAACUGAUGUGUUUAUAUGGGAUCUGUAACCAAACACACACUCAGUGUGUGCUUCCCUCGGAAAUUCCAUUUUAUAUCUUCUGAGGAACUGGAACACUUGUAAAACAUUCAGUGGAUUGAGGCUGGAAAUAUUGCUGAGACUGGUCAAUAGGAGCAGAAACCUUUCUCUACCUUUAUUUAAAACCCCACUCUUCAUCUAACAAUACCUCUAAAGGCUGUCAGAGUGAAGGGAUGCGUUCGGCUUUUCCUGCCCCCUCAGAGGCGCCGCAUCCUCCCCGAGCGCGUGUGGAGCAACACAAGCAUGGCCUACAUAUUAAAGACACUCAACAGCUGGUUCUGGUGGGAGAAUAUCUGGAUGCCAAUCAAUUGUACAUGGGCAGAUUUUGUAGACCGGGAUGGCCUUGUCUUUCCCAAACCACAUCAGUUAUAUGCCACAAUUCCAUAUGCUUUUGUAUUGCUGAUUAUCCGAUUCUUCUGUGAAAGAUAUGUUGCCAUUCCUCUGGCAAAAGCCUUGGGUAUAAAGAAUGUAAGACGUGUGAAGCCACAGCCUAAUCCUGUUUUAGAGAGUUAUUUCCGGGAGUGCUCAAGACAUCCAUCCCAAUCAGAGAUUCAAGGCCUUGCCAAGAAGUGCAACUGUACUGUCCAUUUGGUGGAGAAGUGGUUUAGGAGACGGCGGAACCUUGAGAUCCCAACAGUCCUUCGGAAAUUCCGGGAGGCUUUCUGGCGUUUCUCAUUCUAUCUGACAUCCUCCAUUGUUGGAUUUAUAUUUCUGUAUGAUAAACCCUGGUUUUACGACAUCUGGCAGACGUGGGUUGGAUACCCGUUUCAGACCGUGCUGCCAUCCCAGUACUGGUACUACAUGGCUGAGAUCGGGUUUUACUGGUCUCUCUUAUUUACCCUUGGAAUUGACAUCAAAAGGAAGGAUUUCAUGGCUCACGUUGUCCAUCACUUGGCAGCCAUCGGGUUGAUGAGUGGCUCUUGGUGUGGCAACUACGUGCGCCUCGGGACUCUGGUGAUCUUUGUGCACGACACUGCAGAUUUCUGGCUCGAGGCAGCCAAAAUGUUUAAUUAUGCUCACUGGGAGAAAACCUGCAAUAUACUCUUUAUCAUCUUCUCUAUUGCAUUCUUCAUCACCAGGAUCAUCCUGUUCCCCUUCUGGAUUCUUCGUGCCACACUCUAUCUGCCAACCUACUAUUCCACGACUCCUGUCAUAGCCUAUUUUUUAUUCAAUGGGAUGCUGUUGACCCUCCAAGGCCUGCAUUUAUACUGGGGUUACUUAAUCUACAAGAUUUUGAAAAGGUUCGUUUUCCUAAAGGACUUGAAAGAUGAUCGGAGUGAUGAAGAGGAGGAAGAUUCUGUCACAGAUACUGAGGAGGAGUCCACAAAGAACGGCAGCAAGAGCAGCAGUGGGUCAAGCAAACACCUCCUCGGUGGCAGUCACCACUAGCCCUGUCCUGCCCCACCUCCUGCAGUGAUUUCUGCUCUGGUUUCAGCCCAACCUACAGGAUAGAAUUUGAGUCAAAAGGCU